CUCGAAUUUCUGCCAAGCGUAUUCCGCUCGAGACGACGGAAGCGUAAUCGUCGAGAGUUUCAAGCUAGAGCGAAAGGGGUGAAUUCAGCAAGGGGGGAAAAUUCAUUAACACCCUUAAUUUACAGACAAAAUCAAACACAAUUAACACGUCGUCAAAUAUAGAUUAAUAAAUCUACAAUGGACGUGUUAGAGAGCUUCCAGUGAGGGCUAAUUCCAUCAGAAACGUUCAACCAUUCAUCUGGAAGGAUCAAUUUAAGUCAUCUAGUUAGGGGGUUAAGGAGCAGCGAAGAGACGCGUGAAAAACCGUGUUCUGAAGAUCGAAAAAGGAUCGGAAAGAGGAAGAAGAAUGGUCGUAAGUCGCGAUCGACGAGAGCCAGAGAGUGGAGGGAUGUUUGAGCUGGUGGGGGUGGCUGGCAUAGAAGGGGGAGAUAGCGGGGAAGGGAAGAAGGAAGCUGACGGCGAAGUGGCCGCAGACUAAUUCGAAAAAUAAGUCUCCACGCGCGACAAGCACACUUGACCGAAGCACACUCGCCGCGAAAGGGUGCACGCGGUCCGCCUCGAGUGUUCGCGAGUGACAAUUAAUUAAUUCGAUCGACAAAAGAAUUCGUGAACGUGAAAAUUGUCGACCGGUCUCAAUCGAACCGUGUCUGCAGUGCUUGUGACUCUGAAAAGUGUUGAACAAUCGAACUAGAAAGAUGUUUCUCGAGGGUUGUUACUGUCUUCAAAAGUGAAACAUGUUAAUUAUUAACAAAAUGAAAGAAAUUUCCUGUUAGACUGUCGAACAGAAGACCAAAGGAACUUUUCCAAAAAUUUUGUAGUAGAAUUGUUUCUAUUCGUUAUAAGAAAAAAGGAAACAUGUCAGAGAUCAUGGACGAAGAGAAAAGAAGCGAGGCUUCUCCGAAACCUUCUCAAUUAACCCCCUUCAGCAUCGCGGACAUUCUCAGCAGAAGAACAUCUUAUCCGAAUCACGAACGACGGUCUUCGGAGUCUGAAGAAGCGCAGGGAACAUCGUUCACGAAGAAACAUCACCGAGAAUACGAUUGUUCAGAAAACGAAUACAAAGAGGGCCAAUCGGAACAGGAUUCAAAUCAGAUGGCUCGGUUCUCAAGGCUGUCUUCGCCUGAUUUGAGCGUGGCUCGUGAACUGGAUAUACUAACGAGGAACCUGGUUCACGCGAACAUCACAAAUUUUGGAACUAUCCCGCACCUGCCACAGGGAACGUUCAAACACCUAGAGAAUCUGGGGAACAUGGCUGCUUAUCAACCGAUCAAGGAAUCGAGGGAAUCCUCUCAGAGGCAGCAGGACGAGGCUCUAGACAUGAGCAAAAAUAAAUACUUGGAGGAUGGAGAAGAGGAUAUGUACGAGGCACAGAAUCACGGGCAAAAUCUUCAGAGUAGAAAGAAAAGAAGCAGAGCGGCCUUUUCUCACGCGCAAGUUUACGAACUCGAGAGAAGAUUCGCGGCACAGAAAUACCUGUCCGGACCGGAAAGAGCGGAUCUUGCGAGAGGACUGAAGCUAACGGAGACUCAAGUGAAGAUCUGGUUCCAGAACAGACGGUACAAGACGAAGAGACGACAGCAACAGGAAUUGGGCGCCCUGGUUAAUUCCGGAAACGCGAGGCGCGUGGCUGUACGCGUUCUCGUGCAUCCGGACGAGCAUUUGAGGGGAUUGCCACUUCGUGGUUCCGGCCAACUUCCCGGACAAAUGUCAACCCCGCAAAUUCAUCCGGCGAACAAAGCGCUCAGCGGUUUCCCGUACUACUGUCUCCCCUAUCAUCCCCUGCUCUGCCCACCCCUUCACUCUACUCAUAUUCAGGUACAAAACACGAUCACGCCGGAUCUCGAUCCGAGCCAGUUGGCGAAAAUGAACGACGAGAAAUAAAUCGGUAUCGUUUCGUCGAUAUCGAAACACGCGUUCGUUCGCUAAACUCGGAAACUGACCACUUUAUCAUUUUCUAAAUGGAAUUAUUUAAAUUAUGACAAUUGGGGUGCUUGCGUGGGUGCCCUAAUUAAGUAGCGUUAAAACUAGUCCAUCUGGCGUUGCUCCAUUCUAUUUUCCUUUACUUUAUUCUUUUAAUUUUGUCUCGCUACUAUUUUAUUAGAUAUUAAUUGAGGAAAAUUUUUAUUAUUGAUUUGAUUUAUAUUUUUAUUUCUAAUUAUGCAACGGAUUGAAACUCUUUAUUUAUGUUAUAAAUUCAAAUAACCGACGUAUUCUAACCACAAUGACACAUCAAUACUGCGAAGCAACGAUUAAACAGCACGAUAUUGAUUAGAACAAUUCACCCCUAUAUGCGUUAAUUGUAAACCUACUUAUAAAUAUAUCUAGGAAGAGGAUCGUGUAAAUUAGUGUGUAAAUAAUUGUAUAAAAUUGAAUUCGAGUCGAAUGGUAUCGGUGAACGGAAUAUUUAUUUAUUCUGAAGCCUCAAGACGUUGUAACGUGAAAUUGCUAUCCUAGAAAAAUCGCGUUUAGAUUAUGUCAGUAGUCCGAGGGUUAAAUUAGAGCGGCUGGAUAUGUUAAAAGGUACGAAGAAUGAUGCGUCCAUAAAAUGAAACGAAUUCAAUUAAGAGAUAAAACAGAAGCGUUUAAGAAAGGAUCAACAACGUUCUUGGUGGCUCACGUGCAAUAAAACCGAUCAUCACCGAUACCGAUUUAGCGUAAUUACACUAUUGUUUCUGCGUACCUAUGUGAUGAUACAGAUCUAUGCAAAUAUACAUGG